AUGGCUGAGAAUCUUAUUCUCAGCAUUUUCCUCUUUGUUGUUCUUGCUCCAAAUCUAGUUCUGGCUGUGCCGCAGACGACCCUGCUUGCUGUGAGAGGUGCUUCUAAGAAAGCUGGGGGCAGCUCCAAAAACUUAGGUGGCCGCAGCCGCGGGAAACGCUACGGAGUGAAAAAAGUAGAAGGUAACUUUGUGCACGCAGGCAACAUUUUGGCUACACAGCGGCUGAUACGCUGGCAUCCAGGGGCUUAUGUGGGGAUGGGCCGAACCAAGACGCUCUACGCCCUGGAGGAUGGAAUUGUGAGAUACACCAAAGAGGUCUACGUCCCUCUGCCGCGCAGCACGGAGAGCAGGGAGGUCAUCUGUCAGCUGCCUAAAGGAGCAGUUCUUUACAAAACCUUCAUCAAUGUUGUCCCUACCACAGAAGUGGGAAGCUUCAAACUGGUGGAUAUGCUUUGAUCUUCCUACGUCAUGUA